AUGCUUAAAGAAGAAUUAAAUUCAUGUGAAAAUAAUCUAGUUGUUCAUUUAAUUAUAAUUGGUUUUCAUCAUAAAAAAGGUCAUCAGAUUGAAUAUAGUUAUCCAUUAUUAAAUGAACCAAUUGAUGAAUAUUGGUCAAAUAUAGGAGGUUUAGCAUUACCAGAUGGUGUACAUCAGAGACAAUAUGAUUUAAUUUAUUUUCAUCUUCCAUCUAUUUAUCAUCAAGAUAAUAUUCACAAAACAUUAUUUGGUAUUGCUUCAUAUAGACAAAUUGAUGCUAAUACAGUUACUAAUAAGGAAGCUGAUAUAACACGAAAUUCAAUUCAAAAAAGUGUUUGUCUUAUUUUACGUCAACCUGUUUAUGGAAAUGUAAGUGAAGAACUUCAAUUGUUAACUGAAAAAUAUUUUGAAGAAAAAAAAUUUAAUGAAAGAAAAAUGUUUGAAGAAUUUGUUGAUAAAUUAAAUAAAAAUCCUCCAAAAUUUGAUUUAAAAUAUUAUUCUGCUCGUGAUCUUGUUUGUCGUUAUCGACGUAAAACACUUAUUCUUUUUAAACUUAUUUUAUUACAAAAAAAAGUUUUAUUUAUGUUAUCACCUAUUCAAAAUUUAGUUCAAACAAUAAUGAAUCUUGUCUCGCUAAUUCCUAAUUUAAUAGAAACCGGUUUAAAUGAAUGUACAUUAAUUGAUGAUAAAAGUGAUAUUGAAAAUGAAAUAAAUUUAAAUGAAAAUGAAGAUAUUGUUUUCUCAAGAAAUGAUGAUAAACAAAUUGAUUUUGAUAAUAUUAAAUUAAAAACAUUAAAAAUAGCUGAUGAUGAUGAUAAUGAUAAUGAUGAUGAUGAUAAAUUAUCAAAUCAGUUUGAACAAACAAACACAGAAGAUAUUAAAAAUAAUUUAUUAAAACGAGCUACAUCAAUAACAAAUAAAUUAUCAGAUACAUUUAAUCGUUUAACUUCAACAACAUCAACAUCAACAUCAAUAGCCAUAAAUAAUAAUGAACUUGUUAAUUUAAUUGAUCAAUAUCAAUUAUCAUAUGAUUUAUUUAAAAAAAAUAAUCUACUUCAUCCAUAUAUAUCAAUAUAUUCUCUUGAUAUAAUUAAUAAUUCAAAUAUAAAUUCAUAUUUAAUUGGUGCAAGUAAUCGUUUAUAUCGUCAACAAAAUAAUAUUGAUUUUAUUUUAACUGAUUAUGAUGAUGACGAUUUUAUAAUUCAAUCAUCAUUAUUAAAACAACAACUUCAAUUAACAACAGCUGAUUUAAGAUUUACUCAAUUAUUUGAAGAUUCACAAUCAAUUAUUCAAAGUGAAGAAGAAAUUCGUCGUCUAUUUAAAAUCUAUUUCUUCUCAUUAUUAUGUGUAGCUCGAACUCCUAAUGAUGAAGGAAUGAAUGAUUUUAAUCCAUUAUUUGUUAAAUCAUUUCAAUCAACAAAUGCAUUUCGUUUAUGGCAAUCAAAAGGACCUUAUCCAUAUAUUGAUCAAAUUCCUCCACGACAUCCUCAAGCAGGACAACUUAAUGUAAAUGAUGUUAAAUUACGUGUUGCUCAUGUUCUCGAUGAUUCUGAAGCUGGUAGAAAAUUAAAAGGUGCAUUUGAAGAUACAUCUCAAUUUAUGGGUGAAAAAUCUCGAGCAGCAACUAAAGUACUUGGACAAGCAAAGAAUUCUCUAUUUAGUUCAGUUAUUGGAACAAUAAAUCAAGGUAAACAAUGGUUAUCAAAAGGUCAAUCAUCAUCUCCAACAUCUAAUUAA